AUGGUGGUGGAAAACGCUGUCUCAAGUUCCCUUGCAGUCACCAGGGCGCUGGAGCUGAAGGAGAUCACUGUAGAUGAAGGAGAAGCUCGACAGGGUUCCCAGUCCCACACCGAUUCAGGCCAGCCCUCUGACCUGAGGAUAGUUCUGGUAGGGAAGACUGGAUCAGGGAAGAGUGCAACAGGAAACACCAUCCUGGAGAGAGAGGCGUUUAAAGUGGACUCUUCCUUUGGGUCUGUAACUACACAGUGUGAGAAACAGAGUGGAGUGGUGGAUGGGAGGAAGAUUGACGUCAUCGACACCCCGGGGCUCUAUGACACAACAAUGUCUAAAGCAGAGAUGAAAAGUGAAAUAGAAAAGGCCAUCUAUGAGUCAGUCCCAGGACCUCAUGCCUUCCUGCUGGUGAUCAGACUGGGGGUGAGGUUCACAGAGGAGGAGAGGAACACUGUGAAGUGGAUCCAGGAGAACUUUGGAGAAGAUGCCUCACUGUACACCAUUCUGCUGUUCUCCUGUGAAGAUCAGCUGAAGGGGAAAACAUUGGAUGACACUCUGAAACAGAGCCAGGAGCUACGGAAACUCAUCGACGCCUGUGGAGGCAGACAUCACACAUUCAAUAAUGAUAGGGAGAAUCACACUCAGGUCACAGAGCUGCUGGAAAAGAUAGAAAAGAUGGUGAAAUGGAAUGAGGGAAAACACUACACCAACGAGAUGUACCAAGAGGCUCAGAGACAGAUCACAAAGGAGAACAAAGAAAGGGAGAAGAGAAGGGCAGAGGAGGAGAGGAUCAUAAAUGAGUACCAUAAAAUAAGAAAUAUAGAAACAGCAAAGAUGUGGAGCGCAUCUGUGGUCUUAAAGAGGAACAAAACAACAGCUAGAAACCCCCGUCUGACAUGA